AUUUUAUUUUCUUUUCUCUUCUGUGCAUUUUACCCCAACCAAACGCGCCUUAGAAAAGAAUUGAAAAGACUCGCACUGCAGUAAUACUGAACUGAAAACGCGCGAGCAUUGGGAGGAACGCAGCAGAGAGGGGAGACGAAGAGCUGAGGCGGAGGUGAUUCGAAAAUGUCAAGCUUUAACCAGCAAAAGGAGGAAGAUAAGAAACCAGGCGAUCAAUCUGCUUACAUUAAUCUCAAGGUCAAGAGUCAGGAUGGGAAUGAAGUUUUCUUCAGGAUAAAAAAAAGCACACAAUUGAAGAAGCUUAUGAAUGCAUAUUGCGAUCGACAAUCUGUGGAUUUUAAUGCAAUUGCCUUCUUGUUUGAUGGUCGUCGUCUUCGAGCAGAGCAGACACCCGAUGAGCUGGAAAUGGAAGAGGGUGACGAGAUUGAUGCCAUGUUACACCAGACUGGUGGUGCAUCUGUAUUAUAUACAUGCGAAUAAGUUAUGUAAAAGCAAGCUCCUAAGUAUUUCAUCGAAGUGUACUUUUACUAUUUGGUGGGUUUAACUUGUGAAAAAUUAGGUUUCAUGGAGUUUUAGCGUACUUGGUUCAUGGUUUGGCUUCAAGGAAUUCACCUUUACCUAUCUCUGAAGUAGCUCUACAAUAAGUGAUGCCUAUUUUUACA